UAGUGAAGUUGCUAAGACCUUGCUAUCCCGUAGAUGAAGCAACAGGCAGCAGUUUAGCAGAGCAUAAAAAAAAGGGUCCAACAGUCCAAGAGCACGAGAGGCAUCGGGAGCCUGAAGCUCCUGAAGGUCCUGAAGCAACCAGCGACUUUUCCAUUGAGAGCUUCCAAGUAUUCGGGAAACAUCUGGCGAACCUCUACGAUAUUGUGUGCCAGCUGAAGCUCAGCGAUCCCGAGUAUGUGGUCAAGGACUUCGAGAAGGGGGGGCCUAUUGCUAUUACUUGGCAUUUUAUCUAACGCCGGAGAUUCGUGACAGAUACAAGUACAUCCUAAAGCCGUGUACGUCGGACCUGAGUGCCCGCCUACUUGCCAUACCCAGCCGUGAGGAAGCCGAAAAGCUCAGGCGAAAUUUGCCAGAGUUGAUUUAACCAUCGCCAGAUCUGGAGCGACCCAAAAGUCCCAAUUUGGUCACAGAACUAGCAGUGGCACCUGUCGACUUUAAAUUUUUCAAAAAGUAUAUCGUGAAUCUGGAUGACAUCAGCCAGCAAAUGCGGGGCUGCCACGAGUACAAGGACUUAUCCGAAGAGGAGUGUGGCGCGGAAUACUUCAGGCAGUUUUAUAGCUCGCCAGAAAUACGCGAACGAUUCCAGUAUAAACUGAAGCCUUGUCCAGGAAUGGUACGCGGAAGAUUGCUGGGUCGACCGGCCUGCUCAGAAGGGCCAUCGAAUGGAGUUGAAAAGGCAGCCGAACAGAACCGACCAGCUCCAAUAAAGGAAAGCAGUCGUCAAUCAGACCCCGAGCCUCUGCCUGAGGAGGAGCAUUGUGUCGAAAACGAUAACAACAAAAAUAAAAAGUUUCCAGUUACGUUCAAGGAGUUCAAGCGCAGUGUGACGAAUCUCAGCGAAAUUGUACAGAAAAUGCAGCAGAGCGAGGAGUACAGAGAGAAGUCCGAAGAGCAGUGUGCUAAGGAGUACUACCAGCGAUUCUAUUCCAUGCCCCAGAUGCGUCAACGCUUCGAAUGUAAGUUCAGGCCCUGUCCCGCCAAUAAGUGCAAGCUGCUGCUCCGCUAUGCAGUAGAACAUCCUGAACCAUCCGAAGAGCAGUCUGAAAACAUUCCGCCUAAGAAGACAAUAAAGCCGUCUUCUUUGAGCUCCGCUAGUGAUGACGUAGUAACUAUUGGCUCUGCUCGCUUCAAGUUUCCCGUGUCCUUGGGGUAUUCAGGCGCUCUAUAAACUACGAGGAAAUCGUCAGGUCCCGGCUGGGAAAAUCUACCGUCAAGCCGCAGCUCCAGGCCCAGACUGCCAACCCGCAGAACCCACAAUACGAAAGGUAUUUCCGUCAGUUUUAUGUCUGGUUCUACGCAUUCCCCUAUUUUCGCAAGCAACACGCAUAUCGAUUCAAAUGUGGUGAGGACAAACAGCUGCUGAAAAAGCAGUGCGACUAUGCAGUACCAUUGAAUGAGAGUGCCAAGCAGAAAGUGGAAGACGAGCAAAAGCGCCGACGAUCGAUUGGUAGUCGUGGAAGACCAGAACCUGAACCUACUUUGAAGCCCAAACCAGCCCUGUCAGAGCGCUGUGGCGUCACACCACAGAUUUCCUUUAAAGUAUUUUCCAAACUGUUGUAUCUCGAAGAUGCAGUUAGCAAAAUGGAGCUGCAUCCAAACUUCGCUGCAAUGACGGAAGUAGAGUGCCAACGGCUGUACUACGAGGCCUUCUAUAGCACGCCCAGCAUACGGGAGAAGUAUCCUUGUAGAAUAAAGCCCUGCCCGGCCGGCAUGAGGGCCAACCUACUGCAUAUCCCCCAAGCCGGAUAACCUGUCUGAUCUCAGAUACCCGCAGAGAAACGUAUCUGGCCAGCGUCAGAGCACUCCAGAUUUUGACAGAUUGUAUGCGGAUAGGAAAGCCGAGCUCGAUGGCAAACAAAAGCUUAACGUGGUCAACUACGUGCCCACAAUCUCAGCUCCUACAUAGCUCGUCGUGUUGCAUGUCCCGAGAGAAGAGCUGUCGUU